CGCCGCCGGCCGCCCCCCGCGCGAACCGCACCUUGCCGGCCGCUCGGCCUCGGGGCUGGCAGGGAGGCCCGACCCCGGCCGCACGUGUCCCCGGCCUCUCCUGUCCGCCCGGCCUCGGUCCCCGGUCCCCGGCUCAGCAGCCGUAAUCAAGAUGAUUACCAACUGGUUCGAAAACUUGGUCGGGGCAAGUAUAGUGAAGUAUUUGAGGCCAUUAACAUCACCAACAAUGAGAGGGUGGUUGUAAAAAUUCUCAAGCCAGUGAAGAAAAAGAAGAUAAAACGAGAGGUUAAGAUUCUGGAGAACCUUCGUGGUGGAACAAAUAUCAUUAAGCUGAUUGACACUGUAAAGGACCCUGUGUCAAAGACACCAGCUUUGGUAUUUGAAUAUAUCAAUAAUACAGAUUUUAAGCAACUCUACCAGAUCCUGACUGACUUUGAUAUCCGGUUUUAUAUGUAUGAACUACUUAAAGCUCUGGAUUACUGCCACAGCAAGGGAAUCAUGCACAGGGAUGUGAAACCUCACAAUGUCAUGAUAGAUCACCAACAAAAAAAGCUCCGGCUGAUUGACUGGGGUUUGGCAGAAUUCUACCAUCCUGCUCAGGAGUACAAUGUCCGAGUGGCCUCGAGGUACUUCAAGGGACCAGAGCUCCUUGUGGACUAUCAGAUGUAUGAUUACAGCUUGGAUAUGUGGAGCUUGGGCUGUAUGUUAGCAAGCAUGAUAUUCCGAAAGGAGCCAUUCUUCCAUGGGCAGGACAACUAUGACCAGCUUGUUCGAAUUGCCAAGGUUCUGGGGACAGAUGACCUGUAUGGGUAUCUGAAGAAGUACCACAUAGACCUAGACCCACACUUCAAUGAUAUCCUGGGACAGCAUUCACGGAAGCGCUGGGAAAACUUUAUCCAUAGUGAGAACAGACACCUUGUCAGCCCCGAGGCCCUUGAUCUUCUUGACAAGCUCCUGCGGUACGACCAUCAACAGAGAUUGACCGCCAAAGAGGCCAUGGAGCACCCGUACUUCUACCCGGUGGUGAAGGAGCAGUCCCAGCCUUGUGCUGAGAACACCGUGCUUUCCAGUGGUCUCACCGCAGCACGAUGAAGCCUGGGGAAUCGACGGUAAUGCGGCACUGAUGCUUGCCCAUAAAAACCAACCACCAAACAAAAACUUGAAGGAAACUGCAGUGUGAUAAACAGAGAUUCUAAUCCUUCCUUCUAAAGGCAAAGAAGAGUAAAGACCUAAGUCUGUCAAAGCAGGAACUCCCCAGUAGUCUGCAGGGCGCUGCGCUGUGCAGUGUGGCAGAGCGCAUGGUUCAGGAUCUGAGGGACUCUCCCUUUGGAAUGCAUGGGAGAUGAGAAGCUCGGAGUUGUUGUACACGUACCUGCGUUUAACUGUUGAAUUAACCUGUUCGGUCAACAAGCUCUGAUAUCUGACUUCCUAUCUAUUCCAUUGUGGUCUGAUUUUCUUCUGUGAGAAUUCAGGCUCAAGUUUUAGCAAAAGUCAGCAGUCUAUUCUGACACACCAGCCUCAUUUACAAAGAAAAAAAAAAGGAUUAAAACAGUGACAGUAUUUUUUUUAAGCUCUUUUACAAAUUCAUGUGUUCUGUAUUUUUUUAUGACACGAGCUCUCCAGGAAAUGUACCUCAUUCCUGCAGUUUUCUUCUAAGUGUAUUCAUUUGGAAGCAAACUGCCAUUGCUCUCGCCAUGUCCUCUUUGGUGUCAGAAGAUGGCACUAUAAAUCUCGAGAUGCCAUGUACAGGUCCCAGGCUCAUUAGAUGUUACAUGCUGUGUGCAUAACUUGGGGCUCACCUUUAUUGAUUUGCCUAACUCUUAAAUCUUGUUGCCUUUUUUUCUUCUUCUUUUUAGCUUUUUUCCCCCCACAAAGGAAAACCUCACAGUUUCUCAGCACAUCUUUGUGAGGGUGCUACCUUAAUGCACACUUUAAUACAAAGACUGUCUUUGUUCACAACCAUAGCUACAGCUGGAAGUUAGUCUUCAGGCAGCUCAAAGAUGGAGGAAACUGUUCUUUUAGGAUUUGUUCAGGAAGCCCUCACAGGUGCAAAAAGACACACACCAUCUUCCCUCCAUUUAACCUGUGACAAACAGAUCUGGCUGCAGUCAGGAUGAUGGGCAUUUACAGCUCUGAUAGGUCAUACAUGAAUGCGAUGGCAAAGAAGUCUCUUGCAUGCAGGUGCUGGCUUGUGGGUAAGGCCGUCCUGUGACUCCUGCAGCUGGCUGGAGAGGGCUGGCCAUGGCUUGCGGGAGGAAGUGGGGCUCCUGGAGCAAGUGUCAAAGCUUUAGAUCCACCAUGCUAACCCUCAUGUUAGCAAAAGCUAAUCUGUGUAUUGGUUUUGUUUUGUUUUGUUUUUUAAAUAGGGCUGAUUUCAUUCAUGGGAUUGGUCACUGACAUGGCUUGCCCUAGUCCCCUCUCCUUGGCUACAGUCACGCCUCAGCACUGGGGACCUAACAUGCUUGAGACAUCCUCCUCAUCACACUUAGGGUUUCUUCAGUGACUAUUUCAUAAUGCCAUACAUUUUUAUAAGGUUAGAUUGUUUGUUUGAAACAUCUGUUUACAUUCCAAAUUCCAAUAAACUUGUAUUGGUAUUGGUAACAGGUCCAUUUCUAAAUGCAGAUUCUAUUUUGUUGUUUGGUCUGUGGGAACUUAAAAAGCAAAUGUAACUCUUCUCUUGAUAGUAUGGAGUUGAGUUUAUAGAUUAGAAUAAGAUCUCGGCAUUUGCUGCCAGCACUGAUGACCUGACAUAGGGGAACCUACCCCAUGAGCUGUCCUCUCCCCACACAGUGCUGUGGUAUGUCACACACAAUAAAUAAAGUUUUCAAAAUCUUCUUUAAGAUCCUUUAUAAACCAGGACAUACAUUCAGUUAAGGUUUUCCAUAGAGCUCCUGCCUUCUCAUGUUGCACCUCUGUGUUUCCAUGUAUAUAUUUGUUCUUCCUGAGAAUUGGAAACAUAGCAUGGCUGAGAGACAUGGCCCGUGUUGACAUACAAUGGGGAUUAGUAUGGGGGUUGUCAUGUGCCAUCACAGGAGCCUGGAUCCUUGGUGGUUAGGGGUUCCUUUUCUGUUCUCUGAAACCAUCUCCUUGAUUACCCAAGCUUCCUUCUUCUCUAAGUUGUUCAAGAGCUUGUUGGAGGGCCUCAAUUGAGCAGCAUUCCCACCUUUUUGCCCCAGGUCCUCCAGAGACAGUCCAAACAUCUGGGAAGAGAGGUUGGCCACGUUCCUCUCCCCACCCCCUUGACAUACUCUGGGAGCGAGGUCUGUGAGUGGCAGCCCAGCAGGACAUGUUUGCAGCAGUGACAGCAUUUCACCUCUCUCCCACCUUGGGCUUGAAAUGCUUACUCCCUCUGAGCCUGUACUUGAUGCUUAGGCUGACCUUCCCCAAACCGCAGUAUCUAGUGGGCCUCUUUGACCUGUCUCCAAACCUACCUUGGUGUAUAUAUAUCAGGUACACCUUGGUCCAUCCCCCUGGAGAUAGUACCUGGGUUUUAAAGAGUGUGUGUGAGUAGGGGUGGGAUCCGUUCUAUUCAGACUAAGCUAGUAAAUUUGCCCACCCAGUGUCCUUUUCAGUGAAUUUUUUUUAAGCUCAUCUCAGUAAUUCUCUUUUGUUUGUUUCAUUACCUUAUUACAGAUUAAAAGUGCCUAUGACAAGGACUUAAUUAUUUCCUAAUGAAAAGCAAAAAUACCCCACAGAGACCUGUGGGGAGCAGGGUAUUGUUGCACUGUCAUCUCAGGUAUGCCUGUGUUGAAGAGCGUGCCCCUGGUGUGAUGACAGGCAGCUCCAGGGCUGCGUUCAAAUCAGUUUCCUUGGCAUCCACAGAGUGACCACAAGGUUCCUGGACUAAAAGCCAUUCUGAGAAUUAAGUGUGUUGGUGACAGUUUGUUCUUUUCAGACUCCUGUCAGCCGACCUGCUCCUGUCCUUGUAGGUGGCUGGUAGAAGCCACUGCCAUGGAAUGAGGCCAUGUUUUACUGAGGCUUGAUCUGGAAGAGCAGAGUGUCCAGCCAGGUCUUGUGGACCUUACCCUAACAUGGCCAUGCCUCAGGCACAUGGGUUUCCUAGUGGGAAAGAGGGUUCUCUCAGUCUAACUAUUGAGAGAAAGGAGCUGGGAGUCCUUGAAGUUUAGAGAAGGUGGCUGUUGGGGACAGGUGAAAGAAAAGAUCCAGUAAGAAAAAUGUCGUAAAGGUGGGUCUUAAAGAGCUCAUACUUACAAGUAUGAUACUACGGGACACUAAGUUCCUGCUGCAAAUGCCUGGACAGUGCCCUUGGCCUGGGUCCAGUGGCCCUUGAGAGGUUGCCAGGGACCUCAGGGAAACAACCUAGGUCUCCAGGAGCAUGCGAAUGUGUCAGCAGAGCUACUUGGGGCACAGGAAGGAUAGAGUUUAUAUGUGCACUGAGAGAAAUAUAAAUAUAGGAGCCCAGUUAACUUUCUGUCAACACCAUCUUAGGUUCCCUGACACGGACAGAGGACAGUCUCCUGCCCACAAGUUACUAGAUAAGAGCUGGGGAGAGGUGGUUGCAAAUGCCAGCCCUUCUGAAAGCAAAAGCAAGCAGGUCUCUUAGGCACACAAGAACCUGAGUUUGUCGGGGAGUUCAAUCAAUGAAACUGUGUUCUGCCUUUAAAAACAAGCCCCACCGGCGGACAGUGGGCAAGGGAGUGGCCAAGAGUGCUUGCUUUUGCCGCCAUGUGGGCGUUCUCGGUUGUAGAACCUAGCAAGGUCGGAUUAUACAACAGACGCAUACUUUUGUGUCGACCAACAAUGUGCUACAAAUGUGACACUUGACCCUGAACUGCAUGUAUUGGGGACUUUUUAGAAGAAAAAACAAACUUUGAAUCAAUAAAUUAACAGUUUUUCCA